AUGCUGCGUCGGGCUCCUAUCCUCACUUUUUUCAGUGCUUGGGGAGCUGCAGUUCAAGUGAAUAAUCUAGAUAAGACCAUCGGAGAACAACAUGCACGCGACAUCCUGUCAUACAUCGCGAAGUAUGUGAACUAUUAUUACCCAAGCCUGAAGCAGUACAUUCGAUAUCAAAUCGAUCAUGCAAAUACUUAUGAACCACAAUUGUUGGCUCAUAUCGCUCAUCUGUUUGUCUCGACCUGUCAACAUAUGCCGCUUAUGCAAGAUUUGGUUAACCAAGCAGUACGUCACGGCAGCAGUAAAGAAGGUUGCGUUCAAUACGUAUCCAUGCAUUUGAUUAUGUUCAAAGACAUCGUCGAUACGAAUUGCCCCCAUUCGUUGUUCCAUACAUUAAACAGAAACGGGAGGAGUGACGAACUCGACGCAUCAAUGCUCUCGCCUGAUUGUGUCAUCAGUAUCGGUGGACCGGUCGAGAAACGAUUUGGUGAAGCGCGUCAUUUUGUUCGACAAGCGUUCAAUGAGCCGUCCACGCCCACCAACAACCAAGCCUUUUAUCAUUGUCCCUUAUCGGUACGCUUGUUAUCACGAGCUGGACAGACUCCAGUAUACUACCGUCAUGAAACACAUGAAAUCACUGUCGAUGAAGUGUUGAAAGGCGAUGUGGUCGACUUGAAUCAAGCGGACAUGGCGACCACGACAGUCAGUGAUGAUCUAGGUAUCCUAAAGCAAGAUAUUGGCAUGAGCAUCUUGAAGCCAUUUUGGGAAAACAUUCCUGAUCUCCAGCCAUCCGACAUGUCUUCGUGGAAAAGCCUAGUGAAAACCUUGACCGAACGAUGUUUGGUAACUUGGCGAACUCAUGCAAAAGACGGAAAUCGACCCUGUGGAUGUCCGACACAGAACACCUCAGCGAUUGAUCAAAUUCUCAUACAUUGGUCAGUCCAAAAUGAUUUUAAUGAUGAUGGACGUUUGAUUCUUCAGCAAAUCGUGGUUGCCCUCGAAGUCAACAACGGCUGUCAGUUUGGACAACCUCCCCCUCCUUCUACGCGCAUCAUACAUGCAUCGAAAGAAACAGAAAAGGACAUUAUGAAUAAACUCGAUAAAGUGCUCAAUCAGAUACUCAUUACUUUUGUUCGAACAGUGUUCGCUUAG